CCUCUCUCCCACCCACUACAAUGGUUGCUAAUGCUCCACCACCUGAGUUGUUGCCUUCAGGGAACUCUUGCUGCCUCGCGUGGCAAGAGAAGUACCUAGGCAUGAAGAAGAGGCGUGAUGCUUGUAAAGAAGCGAUCCAGAUUCUCCAGAAGGCCAUGGGAGCUGCUAAUGAUGAGACAUCCAUUCUCCAGAAUAAACUUACGGAGAUGGCGGAUAAAAGGCAAGCUAAGGAAAAUGAUUCAGUGGCAAAAGCAUCUUUGGAGAAAGAAAUAUUUGAGUUGAAGUCUGAGAUUUUUUCUUUGCAACAGAGAUUGGAGCGGACCUUCAAGAAAAAAAGUGAUCAAGUACAAUUUAUUCAGUCUUCUAGUGUGGAGAAGGAGAUCAGUGAACUGAAGAACCUGCUUAAGAAAGAAACAUUAAGGGCUGAUAAUUCCGGAGAGAGGGAACAGAUUUGUAAAGAAUUGAACAAGACAAAGGCUCUGCUGGCGAAAUAUGAGGAUAUCAAGCCACACGUUCCUGAGGUGGAAAAGGAAAUUAGUCUGGUUAAAAAUCUUCUUGCAAGCGAGAGGCAUAAGACAGAGUCAGAGCGGAAGAAAGCAGAAUCGGAGAAUAAGAAAGCUGAUCAGUAUCUUUCUGAGUUGGUGGUUUUAAGAAGUACAGCUAAGAAGACUAGUUCGGAUUUACUUGCUUUAACCUCCAGUAUUGAGACCGUGAAAAAGCAGCUCGAGUCUGAAAGACAAAAGACACUGAAAGAGAGAAAACGGGCAGAUAUGGAGAGUGCAAAAGCUAAGGAACAGAUGAAGCUGGCAGAAGAUUUGUCUAAGAAGUUUGAGACUAUUAGAGCUAGAAAUGAAGAGCUCAAGAAAGAAGCAGAACUACAGAGCGCUAGUAGCAAAGUAAAGUUUGCUGAAAACUCGGCAAAACUGGAAGAGAAGGUAAGGCUUCUUGAGAUGAGUAAGAAAGAAGCCAUUUUCUGGAAAUCUCGUGCUGAUGAUCUGACUCAGCAGUUACAAGAAUUACAAUUAGUGACUGGGGGUUUGAAAAAACAGGUGCAUCAGCUUUCUCUCUCAAAAUCCUCUGAGACUUGCUCCGUUUCUCCUCAUAAAGUCAGAGACCUGGAAAAGGCCAAAAUGAGGCUUUUGAAAAAAGAGGUGAAGUAGAGGAAAUGUGCAAAACACUCCAAGGAGGUGGCUGAGUUUGAAAGGUUCCGAAGAGAAUAUCAGGCCAAAGAGAUAGGUCGGUUAAUACUUGAGUUCGGUAGUAUUACAAAUCACAUGAAUUUGCUGGAUAGACUUUCAAGAGGCGUUGGAGGUACAUCUGGUCGUCCAAAGGCGGAGAAACGCAUGAAACGGCAGAUGCUACAGUCCCAGAAAAACCUUAAAGGUGAAAAGCAUUCUGACGCAAGGUGCCAGUUGGUAGCAAGCUCUGGUUCUCAGGAGCAGGCUCGCAAGCUCUCUACUCAGUUAAUUGCUAAAUCCAGACAAGGCGUGCAUGAGUCUGUCUCAGGUACUAUUUCUCAAUUGGAGUCUCCUACUGGAGGCUCUAGAGAAUCGCAGACUUCUGGAGAAAUUUCCAGCGCAACAUCUUGUUCUGAUGGGCAGUUACUGACCUCACAGGGAGCACAACAUUUCUCUGAUACCACUUCAGCAGAAACAUCAAGAGAUGAAGCGCAUAUCCAACCUACAAAAAUCAAUAUGUUCCAGAAAAUCGAUACCAGGAAAAAUGGAAAUCUCUGUUUGGUGGCUGAAAACUGUCUCCAAGGAUCUCAGAAAGAUAAUCAUGAGGUGGUUAAUGAGCACUCUCGAAAAAGAAAAGGAAUGCCAGAGGUAGUUGAGUCCCGUAAGCAUCGGUCAUCUGAUUAUACAAAGACAAAUGUACAGAGAGAGAAGCUGGGCAAAUUGCAGCCUUUAGAAGAGAAAGAAUCCUUGGUCCUUGAUAUUCAAGGUGUCUCCUCUGCAAAUUGCACUAGAAUUUCCAAGAAGAGGGUUUCUUGUGAGAAAAAGACAGUUAUACGGAGCACUCUUCAGCUUAAUUGCCCAGCCAAGACUCAAGGCAAUAAAGCUGGAAGUACACAGGUCGCUUGGAAUACUACGUGCCUCUCUACUGCUAAAGAACAUGCUGCAGCAGCACUAUUUCUGGACGACAUUGCUGCUACAGAUGUUAUGAAGUUGUUGGAGUUGGAGAACCAAGAAGAUGAAAGUCAUUACAAGAUGGCAAGAGAAUCAUUUAUAUCCCCGGAUCUUCCUCAGGUAGAUUUUUUGGAUGGUCCGAUCGUGAAUGAAGACAAGAGUCCUGCUCCGGCUCUUGACUUGGUUGAUAGAAAUAGCGUGGAUUUACGUGAUUCCAUAAAUUCUAGUGAAGCUUCUAAUUUCGACACUCAGAAUGCUUCGGUGAGAAAAAUGUCACCCAUGUCAACAACGGUGCAUGAUGAUACUCUCAAACACUUUGUUGUGUUUUCAAAUAUUGAAGACCAGAACAGUAUCAUCAAAAUUUUACAUGCUGCAAACAGUUGUGUUCAGCGAUGCCCAUCAGUUAAUAAAACAGAAUGGGCAGUGCCAGCAAUUCUGUUCUCUUUGAAAAGGGAAGAAAAUCUUUUGGCCCGGGACAGGGUAUGUGUGUUCCUCUCCUUGAUGCUGCACAACUUCUCUGUGGUUUCCUCAAUGAAUAUUGGGAACAUUCUGGAUGAUAAUUCUUCCUCCUGCUUGGAUUCUUUUUCGAAGCAUAU